UUUUUUUUUUUUGUGAUUUGAUAGUGCAUUGUAGGUAUAGACUGAUCUUCUCAUCUUUUCCUUUUCAGUCAACUUCUAGGUAUCGCUGUUCAAGAAGAUGAUCCAAGUUCACUCUUAUUGCAACGUUGUGUACCAAUCAUCGAACAAAGGUUACGAACGAUCCACGAGGAUCUAUCACGUCAAAAUGGAAGCUCAUCGGUCAACAUCAUCUACAACAAACGAUUACAUCUCACAGUUGGUGACUGGAAGGGCAACACUCAGUCUCAACAUCAACUUCAAUGACGGUAAUUCCUCUAUCGUCGCAACUUCAACACCAGUGCCAUCCUCUCAUCAACAUGUCUCAACAUCAUCCUCACCAUCAAUGCCAAAUACAGAUGAUCAGGUGCCGCCUCUUUACCGGAUGAAUCGUGCUCUAAAAUCACUGGGUGACUUGUGGAGAGAAUGGUACGUUGGGCUUGCUGGUGGUUACGCAGUGGAUGAUUUAGAAAAACGUUGGGGAUCGCAGUGGAGGAAGGACAGCAAGGAAAGGAAGUUUUACAGUCGAAGACGCCGGAUUAUCGACCAGAUCAACAAGUACUCUGUGGAAAGGAAUGUAUCGACAAGAACAGCCCUGGAACGUGCAGAGGAGCGACGCGCCCGUCAUGGAUAUUCAUUACAUUACUUAGGUGAAAACCCAUGCAUGAUCUAUGAAGAUAUGAUAUAGCGUCUUCUGUUCCCUUCUUUUUUUUUUUUUUAUUUAAUGUAUUAUACUUUUUUUUUUUACAUAUAUAUAAUAAAGGAUUAUUUG